AUGAGGCUUUGUUUUUUAUUUUCCAAACAAGAUUUAUAUGGAGGCAAACCUUUGACUGUUGGUUUUGUUUAUGAGAAACAAGGGCAGAGUCCAUGGUAUGAUAAUCUCUGCCGACCAGUUACAGAUCUGAUUCCUCUCAUUGAAAGUGGUGUCAGAGGCGUCACUAGUAACCCAGCGAUCUUUCAGAAAGCUAUCUCAUCUUCAAAUGCCUACAAUGAUCAGUUCAUGGAACUUGUGCAAGCAGGGAAAGACAUUGAAAGUGCUUAUUGGGAACUUGUAGUGAAGGACAUUCAAGAUGCUUCCAAACUAUUUGAACAAAUUUACAAUCAAACUGAUGGUGGUGAUGGCUAUGUUUCUGUUGAAGUAUCUCCUAGUCUUGCUGAAGAUACUGAAGGAACCAUAGAAGCUGCAAAAUGGCUUCAUAAAUUUGUUUCUCGCCCCAAUGUUUAUAUUAAGAUUCCACCUACAGCUGCUUGUGAUGGUUAUGCUUUCUGGUGA